AUGGCUGUACAAUAUCAUCAACCUUCCAAUUUUGACAAGUUCAAAAUGGGCGCUCUAAUGGGUGGCUCAGUGGGUGUUUGUGUGGGUGUUUUAUUUGGAGGUUUCACCAUCUUGCAACAUGGAGCUGGACCAAACGGAGUCAUGAGAACUUUGGGAAACUACAUCAUGGGUUCAGUCGCAACAUUCAGUUUAUUCAUGUCGAUUGGCUCAGUUAUUAGAUCUGACACCGGGUACCUCGCUAUGGAGAGGACUCUUGUCCAAUCCCAAAGACAGAAAAUCAGAGAGCUUUACGGCUUGCAGAACUAA